GCUGGUCCGGCGGCUGCACGUUAUCCAGCCGGAAUGGAACUACACGCGGGGUACACCACUACUACACGAUCAACGAUGCCGAAUUAUCCCGGGUGGAUGAAUCGUGAUCCCCGGCUCAUUUGUGCAUGCCGUGUUGCUGCCUGAGUGUGUUUGUGUGUGUGUUUGCAGCAUGUUGGGGGCAAGUAAGCGACUCCAUCGCGGAUCGUGUGGCACUGUGUGGGUUCGGCAGUUUGCAAUGAGUGUCUGGCUAUAAAAUCACAACACCCUGAUGAAUUCACUUUUGUUUUCGUUCGAAGCUCAACCGAUCUAGAUAAAAGACGGUGUCGCUUAGCAUAGAGCUGUGCGUGAAGCGUUAAUCAGGCAGCGGGCAACACAGGAAUCGAAAGCUUUUAGGAGGAAGCGGGUCGUUACAGAGUGUGCAAAUAAAAAAUAAAGAUGAAGCUGCUGCUGCUAGUGGUGGCGUCCUUGGUCGCCGUAUGCCUUGCCGAGCCAAAGCCUGCCAUCAAUGAGGUCAAGUCAAAUCAACCCCUGCAGAAGCCGGGUCGAUUCUUGUCACUACCCGUACCUGAGAAAUGUGCAUCACGUCCGAAACAAUUCAGCUACCGUGGACACAACUACUUCUACAGUGCCCAUGUUCCUGCACUUGCUGACAAGCGAGUCGACUGGCUGGAUGGUCGCAACAUCUGCCGCGAGUACUGCAUGGAUCUGGUGUCGCUGGAAACGCAGGAGGAGAACAACCUGAUCUUCCGAUUGAUCCAGCAGAACGACGUGCCAUACAUCUGGACCGCGGGACGUCUGUGCGACUUCAAGGGCUGCGAGGGCCGCCCGGAUCUGGAGCCAAAGAACAUCUACGGUUGGUUCUGGUCGAACAACCGUGAGAAGAUUCACGCCACCAACCAGAUCCCGAACGGUUGGGGAUACAAUCCGUGGAGCAAAUCGGGCCACAAGAAGAUCCCGCAGCCGGAUAACGCCGAGUUCGAUAUCAACCAGACGACCGAGUCCUGUUUGUCGAUCCUGAACAAUGUGUACAACGAUGGUAUCGGCUGGCACGAUGUAGCCUGCUACCACGAGAAGCCGGUCGUGUGUGAAGAUUCCGAGGAGCUGCUGAACUACGUGAGCGCCACCAAUCCGGGAAUCCGUCUGUAAGAUGGAAAACACCGGUUGGCCGACGCUUGUCGUGGAAGAGCAUUAGAACUGCCCGGUAAUGGUGAAACUGCCUCGAAGCGCACCAUCAACUCGAGGAAUCAAACACUCCUCCUUUCUUUCUCCUAUCCAACUCAUGUUGCUACUAUACUGCUCAUCGUGGAAAGGCGUAGUACGUUUCCUCAUUUAGUAGAUCAAUGUUGCAGAAAACGUCCAGUGUUGUAAAUUUGUCUGUUUAAGAAGAAGAAAAUAUGCAUUACAAUGAAAGCGAACGAAGCAAUCGAUUCGGCACCUUUCUAAAUCGCUCGUACACAAUUCAUCCUUAUUCCCAAGCAUUGAAUUUGUGUCCCAACACUACGGUAAAUUAUAUACUAUAAACUAUAAAAUUUACAACAGUAAUCUAAAGUAAUCACGCUGAAAGUAAAUCAACACCCAUACACAAAUACACACAAGCAAGCACUCACUGGAAUACAUGUAAAAUGUUUUCUAAAUGUAUAUUUAUUAAAUAAAUAGACUUUUUAAGAAAUAAUA